AUGGUUGAAUCAACAACAACUACGUCUAAAGAUGAUAUUCCAUCGCUAAUGACAGCUGCUCAUCAAAAUGGUUACGGUGAAGCAGGUGAUGUUCUUACUCUUGCAUAUGAAGUUCCUGUCCCUCGACAAUUAUCAUCUAAUCAAAUUCUUGUUCGAGUUUAUGCUGCCUCAAUCAAUCCAAUUGAUUGGAAAUUAUUAAAUGGUAAUUUGUCUCUUAUUAUACGACCUUCAUUUCCUCAUAUACCUGGCAAAGAUGUUGCUGGAGUUGUCAUCAAUGUAGGUUCAUCAGUAAAACGUUUGAAAAUCGGUGAUCAAGUUUACGGAAAUGUUCAUAAUGAUGAAGGUGCUUAUGCUGAAUAUGUUCGUGGAAAGGAAUCACAAUUUGCCUUAAAACCGAAUAAUUUAACAAUGAUAGAAGCAGCUGCUAUACCUUUAGCAUGUGAAACAAGUUAUCAAGCCUUAUUUACCAAGACUUCACCUUCCGUAGGACCAAAAAGUAAAGUAUUUAUAUGUGGAGGUGCUUCAGCUACAGGUUGGUUUGCUAUUCAAAUGGCGAAAGCAGUAGGUGCUCAUGUUGCAACCACAUGUUCACAAAGAAAUUUUAGUUUAAUGGAGAAACUCGGUUACAAGAUUAUUCAAGACACUAAUGAAAUAAACGAUGAUCCACAACAAUUAUUAGUUAUUGAUUAUAAUAAUAAAGAUUUCGGUGAAGUACUUCAAGGUCAAAAUUAUGAUUUAGUGUAUGAUUGUGUUGGUGGUGAACAACAAUGGUUAGCCGCUAGACGGAUACUUAAACGUGGUGGUCAAUUUAUUACAAUUGCUGGCGAUGAUCCUGAAGCGAGUAUUUCACUAAACACAGUGUUUACUCUUGGACCACGUUUGUUAUCACGAAAAUUAGGUUCAGUUUUUGGAUCUUCACAUCAUUCGUAUAUGUUUCAUAUGAUUUCUACGUCCUAUUCAGAAUUGGAUCAUAUGCGUACCGCAUAUUUCGAAACAGGAAAAGUCAAAUUAUUGAUCGAUACAGUUUUUGAUUGGCAAAAAGAUGGUGUUCAAGCAUUACAUAAAUUAUAUGAAAAAUCCAAAAGUGGAAAAGCACAAGGAAAAUUAAUCUUGAAAAUUGCCGAUGAAUAA